AUGAAGAAACAGGCAGAAUUCAUGGGAAGGGUUGGUGAAGGAGAAGGAGGAGGUUACGAUGCUGUUGUCGUGGGGUCUGGAUAUGGUGGUUCUGUUGCUGCAUGUCGCAUGUCAAUGGCCGGAAUAAAGGUAUGUUUGGUUGAGAAAGGCCGGAGAUGGGAAGCUCAGGAUUUUCCAACUGACACCUUCAAGAUCAUGUCCGCUGUGAGAAUGGAGAAACAGAACUUGGGUGUCGGCUUUGGUCCAAAAGAUGCUUUAUUCCAGGUACACGAACAAAAUGAUUCUCUAGCAGUAGUGGCAUGUGGGCUUGGAGGAGGUUCACUUGUGAAUGCAGGAGUGAUGAUGCCAACCCCAGUUCGAGCCAGAAGGAAUCCCAAGUGGCCAAAGGAAUGGGAAAGGGAUUGGGAAAAUUGUGAAGCUUCUGCUGCAAGCAUGCUGAGAAUACAAAGUGUUCCUGUCAAGUUUCCUGUCACCAAAGUCGUGGGAGAAAUAUUAGGUGAUGGACAGAUUGAAAACAGUUUUGAGACUCCAUUGCAGCUAAGCAUGAAUUUUGGUCUUGAAGAGCCUGCAUCCAACUCAAUGGAGCCUCAAAGAGUUGGUAGCUGCUUAGCCUGUGGAAACUGUCUUGCUGGGUGUCCUUAUAAUGCCAAAAGUUCUACUGACAAAAACUAUAUACAUUCGGCAAUCCAGGCAGGAUGUCAUGUUAAAACAGAGUGUGAGGUUCAGUAUGUGAUUAAAAAUCCAUAUGAAAUUUGCCGAGAAGAAGGCAAAAUUGAGAGAAAGAGAAGAAGAUGGCGUGUUUACUUGAAUGAGAUUGACUGCAUAACUGCUGAUUAUGUAGUCCUCUCAGGUACCUUUUUAUAA